AAUUUUCCUGGAAAAUUGAGCUCUCCAUAACACUCUUUUUGUCUCUCACUUUCUUUCUCUUCUAUUCUUGUUGCCAAUUCCGUUCAAAUCACGCACGUACUUUGAAAAGAAGACCGAGAAGAAAGAAAGAGAGAAUUCCAAUACAGCUAUACGAAACGGCACGCAACUAAUAUACCUAUUCGCGAACACUUACUUAACUCCGACUUCAAGAAUUUUGAGAAAAAGAACCUGAAGAAUGGCGACGCUGCAGAAAUUCAAGCUGCUGGCGACGCAAUGCGGCGUGGCGCCGAGUCCAACCCGAAGCCCUAGGACUAGCCCUUUGGUCCAGCUCCGUCGCCGGAAAACAACCUUGCGAAUGCUACUUAGUCGGAGUUCCAGCCGCUGCCGCUCACCUCCUCGCCGGCAAGAAUUCUCGAAUCAGGCUACAAGGAUCGUGGUAGGAGAUCUGGCUGAGAAGAAGAGCAACAAGGAGGAGUUGCCAGGACGCACACUGAAGGACUUGUUUGUGUCAACGCCGUCUUUAGAAUCCGAAGCCGAAAAUACAGCGACAAGCAAGAUCGGAUUCAACAGCGAAGGAGCAUUUGCAGCAAAAAUCAGCGGUGGGAGUUUUGGGGGUUUGAGAGAUGAACCGGGUUCCCCAAGACCGGUAUGGGUUGGGUUUAGGCACAGAAUGCUACUGAGGAGGGCUUGGCGUCCCAUGCUUGUUGCGAUUCCCGAGUAAGAAGUAUGGUUGCUCUGAUCAGUGAUCACAACUUCCAUUUCACUUGUUUUGUUAUGAGGAUGCCAUAAUCUGAUACUAAAUUGGAACUCCUCUUCAUCUUGUGAGGAUGCCAUGAAUCCAGUAAUUCAAAUAUUUUUUUGGUAUUUCUUGCA